CCCUCUUCUCCCCACUGACUUUUCCAAACCGUAUCCCUGUGCCCUCUUUAUCUCCCAUCACUCUGCUGCAAGGGGUCUCUGAGGGUUUUUAUUCACUAUUGUCCUGCUCACCAUCAGCACCUAUCUGUCCCUCCUGGACUGAGGAGGCUCCCACGCCUCACACAAGAAUCCUACCUGCAUCUUUUGACUCCUUGGUAGCUUCUUUGGGACGCAGCUCAAGAUGCCAGAGCCAACAAAGAAAGAUGAAACACCAAAUGGUCAGCCAGAGGAAAGUGUUGCCCCAGAAAGUAGCGGUGCCCCACCCCCACCUGAGAUUUCCCUGGAGGUAUCUCCACCCCCAGAGGCAGUAGCAGAGGGGAAAGAACCAGUAGAGACUGAUGGGAAGAAACCAGAAUCCACAGAGCCUGAGCCAGUACAGGCUGUGGUGGCUCAGGAGCCGUGUCCCGCCGUGAAUGGCUCAAUCCAACCACAGCCUGGUGGGGUUGGGGUAAAAGAGCAAGCAGAGUCCGCUAACUCUACUUUAAAGGAAGAGGGCACUUGCUCUCCCCCACCACCUGAUGAUGCUAAACCUGCAGCCACUACCCCAUCCCCAACACCUCAUCCAGAGGAUUCCAGUUCAACCAAGAAACUCUCAGUUGAGCUGCCUAAUGAUAGCGUCCCUGUGCCAGCCAUGGGGAGAAAGGACUCAGUGUGGUCUCUGGGAGAGGGUCAGGCACCAGACGAACUGGAAAAGCCAGUUGACAACCCACCGCUCUCCACCCUGCUGAUCGAGAGCCCCCAAAGUGGUACUGUCACUGUGGGUGGUGACAUCACCUUUGUUGCCAAAGUGGAGGCCAAAGAUCUUCUGCGCAAACCAACUGUCAAGUGGUUUAAAGGGAAAUGGAUGGAUCUGGCCAGCAAGACAGGAAAACAUCUACAGCUAAAAGAGACCUUUGACCGAGUCACAAAGGUCCACACAUUUGAGAUGCACAUCAUCAAGGCCAAAGAUAACUAUGCUGGGAACUACAGGUGCGAGGUCAACUACAAGGACAAGUUUGAUAGCUGUUCUUUUGACUUGGAAGUUAAAGAAGCUGGAACGGGCUCACAGAAUAUUGACAUUCGAUCCGCUUUCAAGAGAAGCAGUGAAGGACAAGAAGAUGCAGGAGAGCUUGACUUUAGUGGUCUUCUAAAACAUAGAAAUCAGAGGGAGCACAAACAGCAGGAUGACACUCCAGAGGUGGAUGUGUGGGAGAUCCUGAAGAACGCCCGGCCAGAUCAGUAUGAAAAGAUUGCCUUUAUGUACGGCAUCACAGACCUGAGGGGUCUGCUGAAGAGGCUGAAAAAGAUGCCUAAAGAGGAGAAGAAGCUGGAAGCUUUUGCAAAGAAGCUGGAACCUGCAUAUCAGGUGGAUAAAGGUGGAAAGAUCCGCUUAGUGGUGGACCUGGCUGACCCCACAGUUGAACUGAAGUGGUACAAGAACGGACAGGAAAUCAGGCCUUCGCCCAAUCAAAGGAAGUAUAUUUUUGAGCAUAAGGGCACACAAAGGAUUAUGGUCAUCAACAACUGCUCCGCCAAUGAUGACGCAGCCUAUUCGGUAGUCGCAGGAGAUGAGAAAUGUAGCACAGAGCUUUUUGUCAAAGAGUUACCAGUUAAGAUAGUUAAAGGUCUUGAGCCUGUGAAGACCACAGUGAACGAGAGGAUUGAGCUGGAGUGUGAAGUGUCAGAGGAAGGUGCUCAAGUCAAAUGGUUGAAGAAUGGUGUUGAGGUUCCAACAGGGGUGCGAUCGAGAUAUCGAGUUAAGUGUGAAGGAACUAAACACUUUUUGGUGAUUGAUGACGCCUCACGAGACGAUACUGGGACAUACUCCAUCAUGGCCUCUGGUGGCACCUCUGAGGCUCAUAUACAAGUUGACUUGAAACCGCUGAAGGUGUACCAGGACCUGCAGGACAUGACGGUACUGCUGGGUCAGCCCAUCAAGUUGCACUGUGAGAUUUACCCAGGAAACGUCCCAGGCCGCUGGUACAGGAAUGGACAGCUGAUCCAACCCAGCGAUCGCAUCAACAUCAUACACAGAAAUAAAGUCCAUCGACUUGAAAUUGCAGCCAGCUCCCUUCACGAUGCAGGAGAUUACACUUUCGUACCUGAGGGGUAUUCACAGAGCCUUUCUGCCAAAAUCCACAUCAUUGACCCUCCGAGGGUACACUUGGACAGCUUGAACUUUCCAGACAACACUGUAACUGUCGUGGCAGGAAAUAAACUCCGCUUAGAGAUCCCAAUCAGUGGAGAACCAGCACCCAGAGUGGUGUGGAUGAAGGGUGAAAGGGUGAUUCUCGAGUCAGGUCACCGCAUCCACGCUGAGACAUACAGUGACCAUACGAGUCUGACAAUUGAGGUCACUGAGCGGGAGGACACAGGAAACUACAAGAUAGUCCUGCAGAACGAGGCUGGUGAAGCCACAGCAAGUGUCAAAAUCAAGGUUGUUGAUAUCCCCGACCCUCCUGAAGCUCCCUUGGUUCCAGAGGUGGGUGGUGAUUGGUGUUCUAUGACAUGGGAACCUCCAAAAUACGAUGGAGGCUCGCCAAUAUUAGGCUAUUACGUUGAGAGAAAAAAGAAGCAGAGCUCCAGAUGGAUGAGACUGAACUUUGACCUGAUCAAGGAGACUACAUUUGAACCCAAGAAGAUGAUUGAAGGAGUGCCGUAUGAAGUGCGGAUCUUUGCAGUCAACGCCAUCGGUGUGUCCAAACCCAGUGAACCUUCCAAAGCCUUUACUCCUCUCGCUGUUACCAGUGAACCCACCAUGCUGGUCGUGGAUGAUGUUACUGACACCACUGUGACCGUAAAGUGGCGUCCACCUGAAACCAUUGGAGCUGCUGGGCUGGACGGAUACUUAGUGGAGUAUUGCGUAGAAGGAACUAAUGAUUGGGUAAUAUCCAACAAGGAGCUGACAGAGAAAACCAGGUACACCAUCACCGGUCUGAGUCCAGGGUGUAAAAUUUUAGUUCGUGUCAAAGCCGUCAAUGCAGCUGGAGCUAGCGCUCCACGUACCCUGCAGCAUGCUAUCCUGGUUAAAGAGGUUGUUGAACCACCCAAGAUCCGCGUCCCACGGCACUUGAAGCAGACUUACAUUCGCAAAGUUGGAGAAACAGUCAACCUCGUGGUGCCAUUUAUGGGCAAACCCCGACCGAAGGUCACCUGGCUGAAGGAUGGCAUCCCUAUAGAGCCUUCGCAAGUUAGCAUCCGUAACACAGACUGUGACAGCAUCAUCUUCAUCCGCAAAGCAGAGCGCAGCCACUCUGGGAAGUAUGACAUGACAGUGCAGGUUGAAAACCAUGUGGACACAGCCAUACUUGACAUACAGAUUGUAGAUCUACCUGGACCUCCUCAGUGUGUGAAUAUUGAAGAUGUUUGGGGUGGAAAUGUAGCUCUGGUCUGGACUCCUCCAAAGGACAAUGGGAACGCCCCAAUAACAGGCUACACCAUUCAAAAAGCAGACAAAAAGACAAUGGAAUGGUUCACGUGCAUUGAGCACUACCAUCGCAACUGUAUUACCAUCACAGAACUGGUAGUUGGGAACGAGUACUUCUUCAGGAUCUUCUCUGAGAAUAUGUGUGGCCUGAGUGAAACCGCCACCCAAACCAAAAAGAGUGCUCUCAUCGUCAAAGAAGGCUUGCAGAUGAAAACACAAGAGUACAAUGACCACGACUUCAAGGAGGCGCCGAAGUUCACGCAGCCACUUAUCAACACUUUCGCCGUGGCCGGCUACAACACUACUCUUAACUGCAGCGUGCGUGCCAACCCAAGGCCCAAAGUGAUCUGGAUGAAGAAUAAGAUAACCAUCAUUGACGAUCCGCGCUACCGUAUGUUUAGCAGCCAAGGAGUCUGCACUCUGGAGAUCAGGAAGCCCAGCCCCUAUGAUGGUGGAAUGUACACCUGCAAGGCCAUCAAUGAACUAGGAGAGGCUCAAGUGGACUGCAAACUGGAGGUCAAAGUCCAAACUCAAGAAUUGUGAAUGUAUGUUCUCAUAUAAGGAGGCUUCACCUUCUAUGAACUCAUGCAACGUGGAGUGCCCCUACAUCUGAUUGACAAGUAUAUGACCGAGUCGAAGGUUGUUGAGCAAGAGAAGUAAAAACUGAGCACAGUGCAAUAAGACAUUUUUGGCUUUGCAAACAUCUGAUGCCCCUAGUUACCCUGUUCUCUCAACUGCUGAGGUCAGCAGCCUGCAGGUGGAUGGAGGGAAGGUGGGAAAGGUGGAUGGGUGUGAGGGAGGGUAUACCAGUCCGGUGUGGUAUGCUGUGUGCAGCUUUGGAGCUAGUUACCAUAAGAAAAAAAAAAGGCAGUUCAUCUUCUUUAUCACUCUGUUAAGUUUGAGAGACUCAGCUGAGAUGCAUGUUGGCAGUGUUUUGGUUCUAGCUUUAAUAAGGAAUUGUAGUGUGAAAAAAAACAAGCUCAUGGUGCACAAACAGUGACACACGGCUAGACUAUUUUUAUGUGGAUUUUCGUCAGGAGUGCUUUUUGAAGGUGACUGAUUACUUCUGGGCUCUGAAAGAUUUAGUUUGAUGUUUAAAGGGUGUCAGUGAACUAAUACAUGGCAAAAAAAAAAGUGAGAACAGACUUGAGUAAUGUUGGACAAAUGAAUGUUUUCACUCUUCUGAUAUGAAUCACAUUGAUAUUUCACUUUUUCUGUUGAGUUAGUAAGACAAUAUAGAGAUUUACACACAGUCCAUACAUGGCAUCAAACUUUUGAAUUCUUGGAUUCAUACUGGGCUGAGGUUUGAUUGGGGUUAAAACAUGUGUGCAUGCCUUUACCUUUGUAAUUACAACCUGUGGACAACAAUAAAAAACACUUUAAAAAAUAGUA